AUGGGCGAAGAAUUUGGGGAGCAGAACAUUUGGCACAGUACGUUGCGUUCGAAGAAACUCAAAUCGCGUUCGCUGCUGCGCGCGUAUGCGCGCGAGGUGCAAGAGCGCGGUGAUAGCACUGCGGCGAGGUUGGAGGCGUUUCGCUCUGCAGUCAAGUUGACCAAGAGCAACGAAGAUGCAGGAACUGAUGCCUGCAUGUCAGAUAUGGUCGGCCAUGGCAGGGCACGGCCGUUGCCGAGUUCCGACCAGGACGAAGAAGAGCCGGCUGGAGACGGUUCUCCGCACCAGGAGCCGCAAUUUGCCGACAGCGCCGAGGCGACAUACCUUGCCAAGAAGGCUCUCCCGAAGCCAUGUCCCACAGGUUCCUCGGAGGGCGCCGAUGCCGCCAGCCUGACUUCCGACCCUACAUCACCACUUCACAACCCGGCGCUACGCCUCAGCUCCCGAGCGCAGAAAGGCGGGGCCCACGAUCUCGGCGGGCAGGAGGGCAGCCCCCAAGGAGCCCUGGGCCUCAGUGCGCUGCCGCCGCCACCGCAGCGCAGCCGUGCAGCAGCCGGCUGCGAGCUGCCGCCACGGGCGCGUCGACCUGACGCAAAGAUGAUGGACAACAAUGGUGCCGGUGCCGCAGUCCCCGGCUCCCCGGCAGAACAGCUGCGUGCUCAGCGCCUGGGACUCCACUGGCCGCAAGGAGGCCCGGGGCGGGGCCUCCUGGACCCUGCUGCUGCUCGCUGCGUCGACGACGCUGCGUUGGAUUUUGCCACUGCGGCCGCCGCAGCUCUGGAGCCACACGGCGUUUCCCUACAGCACUUAAUGCUGCGGCAGCAGCAACAGCGACAACAGCAGCUGCAGCAGCAGGAGCGAUCAUGGCAGGAGCGGACCGGUGGCCGGGCAACCAGCGGCAGCACGCCUUCCGCCCGGGGCGAGGCAGGGGAGGGAGGAGAGGCUCGACGCCGUUUUGUGGGAGCAGGGGGGGGAGGUGAACCGCGAAUGGCCAUGGACGAGGGCAUGGGGCUUGAUCUGAGCGGAGCCGGCGUCGGUGCUGGUGCGGAAGAGCUGGCGCGGCUGCAGACCUUGCUAAUGUUUCAAUCCGCUAUGGAGCGUGGGCAGCUGGGCGGCCUGCAGGACGCUGCUGCUGCUGCUGCUGCUGGCUCCGGGGCAUGGAUGUCGCCGAGGCGGCCUGCAGGCCUGGCGCAAGCGCUGGCGCAGGCACAGAUGCAGGCAAUGGCUUUGGCCCAGGCGCAGGCAAGCCUGGAGGCUGACGAGGUGCAUCGCCUUGCGCUGAUGCGCCAUUAUUUUGCCCUACAAAUGCAGCAGGGCGGCGGGGCGGCAGCAGCUGCAGCCUUGGGGGGGGUCGCUGGCGACACCAGCGGCGCCAGCAGCGGAUGGCGAUUCACGGAGGCGCGCAGCGGGGGCUCCCGCGGCGUACAACGUGAUGCACCGCGCGGCAGCGCGGCGCACAACGCAACUGGUCGGCGUGCUUACGCGCCUGCGCAGGGGUCCUCCGCCGCAGCUGCAGCUGCCGCCUCCACAACUUCCUGUGAGGACUAUUUCGGUGAUCGUGGAGCGCCGCUUCCGCCGAUGCCGGCCCCCGGCGGCGCGAUCACCUGCCUGGGGCCCGCCGUCAUGGCAGCCCUGGCCGCCUCCGCUGCCGUACCCGGGUUCGAUCCCUAUGCCAUGGUUCCGCCGCAGUACCUGCCUCCCUCCCUGGAGCAGAUGGGUGCUCUCCUGGGAGGCGGCGGCAACGGGGCCGUUGAGCGCCUAUUGGGUGCGCAUGCGGCCGCGGCGGCGACGCGGGCUGCCGCGGCGGAGGCAGCGGCGGUGGCUGGACGGAUGGCUGGGCUGCACCCCGCAGGAUUGGGGCCCUGGGGAGGAGCAGCACCUCAGGACAGCAUGGAAGCGGAAGAUCCAGGCGUUGCGACGGGUCCUUCGAGUGCCGAUACAUUGACCGCGGUCGACCUGAGAGCCUCGGACGAGGCUCCCUCCGCCGAUGGCAAGCUCCAAGGGCGGCCUGCGCCGGCAGUAGUGCCGCCGCACGGCGCCGAAGCCCGCAGGCGCACCGGUGCAAAGCGCAGAGCCGAACCCUCUGAAGACGCAGAUGCCCCAUGGGGAGGGCAGAGGCUGAAGGAUGGCGGCGGCGGCAGCGUGUCGCGGCUGGCGGGCGGCCUCGACAAUCCGCAUGCCCAAGGCCUGCCAAGCGGCCCGGUAGCGUGGCCCCCAUUGCCCUUCUUCGGGGGUAUCAGAGGCAACCCCAUUGGGAAUCUGUACGGCAACCCGCUUGAUCAGCAUGACUUUGCGCUGCAGGCAGCCUGGGCUGCGGACGGCAACGUCGGCGGCGGCAUGGUGAAUGGUUUUGCCGCCGCAGCGAGUGGUUUCGGAGCCGCGCCCGGGGCUGCUGCCCUAGGGGCCUUGCGCGGGGCUGGACCUCGGGGCUUGGGAGCUGCUGCCGACAGAGUCAGCAUGCCUGGGAGUGCUGCGGAGCGCCGUUGGGACGUAGCGGCAUUGCACGGAGGAGGAGGAGGAGGAGGAUUAGCCGAGGGCGGCGGCGCUUUGGACCGGAAGCCCCCGCGCCGCCGUCCUCAGAGGCAGCCACGAGAGGAUGUCGACGAUGUGGAAGAUGAUGAGCCGCAGCAGCAGCAACAGCACCCGGAGCUGCCGCAGCAGCGGCAGCAACAGCAGGUGAAGCCGAACAACAAGCAGGAAGCAGAAGAACACCAGGAGCACCAGCAACAUCGGCGGCGACGGCCUGAACAGAAGCAGCAACAGCGGCAGCAGCAGCAGCAGCAACAAAUCAAGUCUGAAGACCAGAAACAGGGGCUUCACGUCGAUGAUGAAGCCGUGGCCGCGGAUCUGUCCAUUUGCGACGUGGCAAGGGCGCUGUUGUCGUUCAGCCAGCAGAAGCCCCGUCCUGCCACGGGGCCAGCCCAGGGGCGCGGCAGCUCUAGCGGACGGACGGCGAGGUCCUCCGAGUAG